GAAACGCAGAGAAGAAAGAAGAGUGUUCGUUGAAGAAGGCGAUGCUACGAUAUGAAGGCUUCGAAAUGGUAGCAAUACAUCAAUUGAUUUCAGGACGCCCAGGGCCCUCCUCAGGAGCCUGUUUUGAAAGCAAUUUCAGGUUUCUACCUUAUCCUCAUGCUAGGCUUCGGAAUGGUAAGCAAUGAAUCAACUAAUUUCAGGUAUCACCUCUUCUUAUACACAACUCUGUACAUUUCCUUGUGUGAGCUUCUAACUGUUCAUGCUCAUGUUUCUAUUUCACAACGAUUGUUCAUCUACGCCACAUAAUUGAUUACUUGUUCGUUCGAUAUUUAGUUCCUUUUAAUGUUAAUUUAAGUGCAGACAGACUAUAUCCACACCACACCACCCCAACUCAUCACUUUUGCUGCUGGUUUGGAGUGCAUCCAUCUAACUUCCGGUGGUUCUUGUGUUUAUGAUCCUUGAGCUUGUUUCAGCUGGGAAGGCCCAAGAGGAACAGGAAACAAAGUUCCGACUAGACUAUGCAACCUUAGAAGAAUGCAGGCAGUAUCCUCAUGAGAUCGCUUGAAAUGCCCAUGGCUAUUGAUUAGUUCAUCCAGUUAAAUGUUUGGUCUGCGCCGCAUACGCUCAUGCAAGUAUAGCUUCUCGGAAAGACAGCUCAAAUGUCGAUUUAAUGAAGUCAGGAAAGAGGCAAAUGAAGAGAUAAAAAGAAAGAAGUCAGAUUUAAUGAAGUCAGUGAAGGGGCUGAGGAGAUGAAAAAGGAAGUUUCAACUCCCAUGGAGGUGGUGGCUGACAGAUUUAAUGAAAUCAGCAAAGAGGUAAAUGAGAGGAUGAAAAAGAAUGAAGUUUCAACUCGCAUGGAGGCCGUGGUUGACAGAUUUAAUGAAGUCAGUGAAGGGGCUGAGGAGAUGAAAAAGAAGGAAGUUUCAACUCUUAUGGAGUCCGUGGUUGACAGAUUUAAUGAAGUCAGGGAAGGGGCAAACGAGGAGAUGAAAAAGAAGGAAGUUUCAACUCCUAUGAGUCUGUGGUUGACAGAUUUUAAUGAAGUCAGUGAAGGGACAAACGAGGAGAUGAAAAAGAAGGAAGUUUCAACUCGUAUGGAGUCCGUGGUUGCCAGAUUUAAUGAAGUCAGUGUAGGGGCGAACGAGAAGAUGAAAAAGAAGGAAGUUUCAACUCCUAUGGAGUCCGUGGUUGACAGUGAAGGGGCGAACGAGGAGAUGAAAGAGAAGGAAGUUUCAACUCGUAUGGAGUCAGUGGUUGACAGCGAAGGGACAAAUGAGGAGAUGAAAAAGAAGGAAGUUUCAACUCGUAUGGAAUCCGUGGUUGACAGCGAAGGGACAAAUGAGGAGAUGAAAAAGAAGGAAGUUUCAACUCGUAUGGAAUCCGUGGUUGACAGAUUGAAUGAAGUCAGUGAAGGGACAAACGAGGAGAUGAAAAAGAAGAAAGUUUCAACUCGUAUGGAGUCCGUGGUUGACGGAUUUAAUGAAGUCGAAGGGGUAAAUGAGGAGAUGAAAGAGAAGGAAGUUUCAACUCGUAUGGAGUCAGUGGUUGACAGAUUUAAUGAAGUUAGUGAAGGGGCGAAUGAGGAGAUGAAAAAGAAGGAAGUUUCAACUCCUAUGGAGUCCGUGGUUGACAGAUUUAAUGAAGUCAGUAAAGGGACAAACGAGGAGAUGAAAAAGAUGGAAGUUUCAACUCGUAUGGAGUCCAUGGUUGACAGAUUAAAUGAAAUCAGGGAAGGGACAAAUGAGGAGAUGAAAAAGAAGGAAGUUUCCACUCAUGGAAUUCGCGGUUGACAGGUAGUUAUGCACGUUCUUUUCUAUUUAUUCUUUUCUUUUUAUUUUUGUUCAUGUUAUUUGCAUGGUUGAUCUUUAACCGACUUUUUCAAAAAAAUAUUUUAUUUAUUCGUUUCUUUUUAUUCUUGUGCAUCUUACAUGGUUAAUUU